AAAAGAAAAAAAUACCAAAAACUCACGUGCAAUUUACUACCUUCCUCUCAACCCCGCAGCUUUAAGGCCACCGCAUCGCCGCUCGACACCUCCGCCACAUCCGCCUUCAAGCCAACCAAAUCCCUGGACGCAGGCCUCAACUAUACCGCAUUCGCGCACUUGAACGCUCCCUCCGCCGCUUCGAGUGCAUCACCGGGCAGCAGCUAUACGCUUACACGCUGCGCCACACAACCUUUGCACAGCCAGCAUUUCUUCAACGCCGCAACUUCUGGUGCAGCAGCCAGCACACCACCACUACGUGACACAAUCGGACGCCAAAAUUCGCUGAGUGAUAGUUACAACAACAGCGUUAGUGAACAAUUCAACCUUUCGUUGGGUAGCGAUAGUGAGCGCAUCUUUGAAAUGUCAGGCAUUGAGGGCCAUUUAGGUACGCCUACCGAGGCUGCCAAGCAUGAAGGUGGUGAUGCCGAAGCGGGUAGUGGUGCUGCUGCUGGUUUGGCACGUCGAAACAGCGUACGCGCUCGUGCUAAUAUGUUUCAGCAGCUGCAGGAGAAGACUAGGGGCACAGAGGCGGCAGCGGCAGCUGCCACGGCGCUUAGUCGUGAGGAGCAGCGAACUUCACCACGACGGG